GUAGAAUUUUCUGAAAUGUUGACAUUCCAAAUCCAUUUUGAUAAAAAAAAUCCAUUUUGAUAGAAUUUUUCCAAAUCCAUUUUUAAAUCCAACACAAGGCAUCAUCAUCAAGACACAGAACCAAAUUAUACUCCGCGGCCCACGCUAUAUCAAGCCCGAAAAAGAAGGAACUUGGUCUCCCGUCUCGCUCCCCCACGAAUAUAUCACAAAAACGUUUAAAAUCAAGGCUUUCUUAUUCUUGAUUGAUCUGUUUGGGUUGAUUUAUCAGAAGAAAAGGAGGCAGAUUACAGUGAUCGAGAAAUGGAUGAAGAAUAUGAUGUGAUAGUACUUGGCACUGGUCUCAAGGAAUGCAUCCUCAGCGGCCUUCUCUCCGUCGAUGGCCUGAAGGUUCUCCAUAUGGACAGAAAUGACUACUACGGAGGAGAAUCGACCUCACUAAACCUUGUUCAGCUUUGGAAGAGAUGUAAAGGAAGUGACACACCUCCUGCCUCAUUGGGUUCUUCUAGGGACUACAAUGUUGACAUGAUUCCCAAGUUUAUUAUGGCAAAUGGUGUGCUUGUGCGGGUUCUUAUUCAUACUGAUGUUACAAAAUAUCUGAGCUUCAAAGCAGUUGAUGGCAGCUUUGUCUAUAGCAAGGGAAAAGUUCACAAGGUGCCAGCUACUGACAUGGAGGCCCUUAAGUCCCCACUCAUGGGCUUGUUCGAGAAGCGGCGUGCUAGAAAGUUCUUUAUAUAUGUCCAGAAUUAUAAUGAGAGUGAUCCUAAAACACACGAAGGAAUGGACCUUACAAGAGUCACAUGUAAAGAGCUUAUUGGAAAAUUUGGCCUUGAUGACAACACUAUGGACUUCAUUGGUCAUGCACUGGCUUUACAUAGAGAUGACCGCUACUUAGACAAACCCGCACUAGAUACUGUGAAGAGAAUAAAGUUAUAUUCGGAGUCCCUUGCACGUUUUCAAGGUGGAUCACCUUAUAUUUAUCCUUUGUAUGGUUUGGGAGAGCUGCCCCAGGCAUUCGCCAGAUUAAGUGCUGUGUACGGUGGGACCUAUAUGUUGAACAAACCUGAGUGCAAGGUAGAGUUUAAUGAGGAAGGCAAGGUCAUAGGUGUAACAUCAGAAGGAGAAACUGCCAAGUGCAAGAAAGUUGUAUGUGAUGCUUCCUAUUUGCCCGGCAAGGUUAGAAAGGUAGGCAAGGUUGCAAGAGCAAUUGCAAUAAUGAGCCAUCCAAUUCCAAAUACCAAUGAUUCACACUCAGUUCAGAUUAUUCUGCCCCAGAAGCAGCUGGGCCGCAAAUCAGACAUGUAUGUGUUCUGCUGUUCCUACACACACAAUGUUGCCCCGAAGGACAAAUUUAUUGCAUUUGUCUCUACUGAGGCAGAAACAGAUGACCCUGAAACUGAAUUGAAGGCAGGAAUUGAUCUUUUGGGGCCUGUAGAUGAGAAAUUCUUCGAGACUUACGACAGAUAUGAACCGGUUAAUGAACCAUCUAUGGACAAUUGUUUCAUUUCAACAAGCUAUGAUGCCACAACACACUUUGAGUCCACAGUAGAUGACGUGCUCAAUAUGUAUACCUUGAUAACCGGGAAGGCUCUUGACCUUGAUGUGGAUCUUAAUGCUGCCAGUGCUGCGGAAGAAUGAGUCUACUUUAUACUCCUAAUCUCAUAUACGCUCUUCAAUGUUUACCUUCUAGAAACGUUUUUCUACUAGUUUUGAUGUAAAAGCUGUUUGUACGACAUGUUCCUUUGCCUCUCUCUGUGUAUGUCCUGCUAUCCAACUACUGCUUACAUUGUGCACCAACUCUUUUAACUCAUGGGUUUAUGUGCUUUAUCUUGUUCUAUUUUGGUGUACAAACCUGCUGUUUCAAUCUGCUAAUUCCACCUGUACUUGGUUCAAUGUUGUUU